UAUGGACAGCGUUCCUGUGGUGCUAGACUGGAUGUUAAACGUACAUGACUAUGGUGAAAGAUUCAGUGAAGGAUUCAGAGAAAAACCAGACCUGACGGAUAACCAAUCAACACCCUUUUGCACCAGAAAUUGGUACAAUCGGAACACGAUGAUUUGUGACUGUCCGCCGGGCAUGGAAGGAAAUCCUUAUCUUCUCCAACCUUGUCAAGAUAUUGAUGAAUGCAAAGACAGUUAUGUCUGUGGAGACGAUGUAUGUGAGAAUUUUGUUGGGGGUUUUAGCUGCUACUCAAAUAUAACUGGCAGUAGAUGUACGCAUUCUUCUGGUUCGGACUUUCGGACUAUUACAUGCCACUCCAGAACCAUAUCUCAAACUGAAAUCAAAACUAUUGUUUUAGGUCUUGGCUCCGGUGUUGCGCUAUUGUUACUACUCAUUGGUGCAUGGUGGGUACACAAAAUCGUGAAGAAAAGGAAAACCACUGCACGCAAGAAAAUGUUUUUCAAACGAAAUGGUGGUUUAUUGUUAGAGCAACAAUUAUCGUCAGGCAAAGUUAAUGUUGACAAAAUCAAGUUAUUCAAUUCAAAAGAAUUAGAAAAGUCCACCAACAGUUUUAGUAUUGAUAGAAUUCUUGGUCAGGGAGGUCAAGGUACCGUUUACAAAGGCAUGUUGGCAGAUGGAAGAAUUGUUGCAGUAAAGAAGUCCAAAAUGGUGGACAAAAGCAUGCUCUCGGAAUUCAUCAAUGAGGUUGUAAUUCUUUCACAAAUCAACCACAGAAAUGUGGUUCAAAUUAUAGGAUGUUGUUUAGAGACCGAAGUUCCACUUUUGGUCUACGAAUUCAUACCGAAUGGAACUCUUUCUCAAUAUAUCCAAGAGCAGAUUGAGGAAUUCCCACUCACAUGGGACAUACGGUUGCAAAUUGCCACAGAAAUUGCGGGUGCUCUUUCGUACUUACACAGUGCAUCUUCCUUUCCCAUUUAUCACAGAGACAUAAAGUCUGCCAACAUACUUUUGGAUGAAAAAUACAGAGCAAAAAUUGCUGAUUUUGGAACUUCAAGAUCAAUUUCCAUUGACCAAACUCAUCUAACCACAUGUGUACAUGGAACAUUUGGUUACUUGGACCCAGAGUACUUUCAAUCAAGCCAAUUUACGGAGAAAAGUGACGUCUAUAGCUUUGGAGUGGUCCUAGUUGAGCUCUUGACGGGUCAAAAACCAAUUUCUGCAGUAACAUGGUCACAAGAAAAAGAAUACAGAAGUCUUGCCACAUAUUUCAUUACCUCGAUGCAAGAAGAUCGUCUGUUUAAUGUUGUUGAUGCUCGAGUUCUGGCGGAGGGCUUGUAAACUUUAUUGACUGCACAUAAGUAGAACACAUAUCUUUGGUAUGUCAUAGAAACUGUCGACAUAUCAAGAAUAUACACAAGAGCUCUUCUCCUCAAUCCGAUCCCUCAUACACUCAUUCUAGAUGGGGUGAAUUCUUUUGUGUGGGUUGGCUUAAUCGGUUGAGCAGGGGCACUUGUAUUUAUAUGCAUAUUCCUAAGAGUCUUGCCCAUCAAGAAACUCUUAAGAAGUCCUUAUUGCAUUAGGUUUAUAACUUCUAAUCCACAAUUAAGAUAGGAAUCCUUCUAGCUCUUAUAUUAGCCUUAAAACACUAACUUUAAUAGAGCUGCAGGUUUAGUUGUAUUUGAACU